AUGGCGCUGUAUGAAACCUCUGACGCUCUGAUGUGCAGGGCGUUCCCCAUAACUCUGAGAGGACCAGCCCGCACGUGGUACAACGACCUGAGGACCGGGACGAUCGCCUCAUUCGACCAGCUCGCCAGAGACUUCGAGCUCAACUUCCUGGCCAGCGCACGCCCGAAACCGUCCGUUGCCUUGCUUCUCGGACUAUACCAGAGGGAGGAUGAGUCCCUCUCCCACUUUGUGAACCAUUUUGCAACGCAGAUCCGGGGAUUAUGCGAUGCUCACCCCUCUCUGUUGAUGCAAGCGUUCAUGGCAAGACUGCGACCUUCCCGAUUCUUCUGGUCCCUCGUUGAGAGACCCCCCACCGCGGUACGUGAGAUGCUUCAGCGGGCGAACCAGUUUGUUGCGGUUGAGGCUUGGAUGGCCGGAAAGCAGGAAGAGCACACGAGGGUCAGAUCGGAGCCGACUCGCGGGUAG